AUGGGCAAACAUUCGGCUUUUGAUGAUUCAGACGAGGAAGAGCAGUACGCCGAAGAAAGGCCACAAGGGGUCGCCCCGCCUGAGAUGGGGGCAGCGUCCUCCAGGCAAAUGACGAGGAUGCCUGUCGAGAGUUCCAGGAGGGGGAACUCCUCGGGCCAACCCUCAGGGCACCUGAAGAGGAAAUGGGAAGACCCGGAGGUUGUGGAGGUGGAUCCACUGUCCUUCAGCCUCCCAGCGAUCCAUGAGUUAUCCUUCAUCGACGACCUUCUGAAGGAGGGAUACGCGGAUACGGGCCGGGGAACCGAUUUAUUUGAAGAUGUACCCGCGGGCCACACCCUACUAACCUUCGACUCUCCUCGGGUUGAAUGCUCGGAAUUACCCGAGGCCGGGGUACCGAGGCUGGAGGACGGCAUGAGACAGGCCGUGCAGGCAGUCAACUUAUUUGUGACCGCGUGCACGGGCUUGGAGGAGCAGCUGGCCUCGGCCCGGAGGACGGCCGCGAGUGAGGCCAACAGGGCCAGAGAGGCGGAGGUCCUGUUCAAGGCCUCGGAAGGGGAGAGAGUACGCCUGGAAGAGGAGAGGAGGCACCUGGAGGAGGAGGUUACGAGGAUGAAGGCACAGCUUGAGGACGUGGAGCUGACCCACCGCCAUCAAAUGGAGAGUUUGUUGGCCACAAGUGUCCCGAAGUCCCGACUGGACACGUACAUUCUAGCGGGGGUCCAACGGUACCUGGGGUCGUCCGAGUUCGCCCUCGGAAUAGACGACGUUAUGGACCCUGCUAUGGAAAGAGGGGCGAGGAAGGUCGUCUUGGAAAUCGAGGCGGCCCAGAAGAAGAACGAGGACAUCCAGCCCAUCCUCGAAAAGUACGCUGACAGGGAAAAGAAAGGGAAGACAUCCGCGGUGUGA